CACUCCUUCCUUCAGAAAAAUUUUAUAUCCUCUGAAGUGGACUGUGGUGUGGUGGGUGGGAUAGUCGUGUGCUGCUAUUUUUGAAUCUUUGCUUUUUGAAGUCGACUGCUGGCAUCUCCUGCGUGCCAUGGGGGGACCGUGGGUACCGCAACCUAUCACCACCACUAGCUCUGUGCUUCUGUGGGUAGCACUGUUGUGUCUAGCUCCAGCCAUCAGGAGUGAUGGUCCUGCAAGGGCAGUAGUGACCCUGGAACCUCCAUGGUUCAAUGUGCUCCAAGGGGACGUUGUGACUUUGACUUGUCAUGGGUUCCAGACUCCUGGACAGGAUUCCAUUGAAUGGCUCCACAAUGGGUUAGCUCUCCCCAUCUACCAGGAAUCCUUUACCAUCCCAGCUGUCAACAUGAAGGACAGUGGGGAAUACCAGUGCCGGACAGAACACACUGCCCUCAGCAACUCUGUGCAACUUCAAGUCUCUACUGAUUGGCUGCUACUCCAAGCAGAAAGAUUAGAAUUCAUAGAAGGUGACACUAUGAUCCUGAGGUGCCACAGUAUGAAGAGCAAACCACUGCACAAAGUCACAUACUACCACAACGACAUAGCCUUAAAGUAUGGUUUUCGGAGUUUUGACUAUAUUGUCUCUCAAGUGAAUCAUGCUCACAGUGGAUCCUACUCCUGUACAGGGGUCAUGGAGCAUGUUUCCCUUGUAUCUGCACCUGUGUUUAUCACUGUCAAAGGUCCUGCAAGGGCAGUAGUGACCCUGGAACCUCCAUGGUUCAAUGUGCUCCGAGAGGACAAUGUGACUUUGACUUGUCAUGGGUUCCAGACUCCUGGAAAGGAUUCCAUUGAAUGGCUCCACAAUGGGUUAGCUCUUCCCAUCUACCAGGACUCCUUUACCAUCCCAGCUAUUAACUUGGAGGACAGUGGGGAAUACCAGUGCCGGACAGAACACACUGCUUUCAGCAACUCUGUGCAACUACAGGUCUCUACUGAUUGGCUGCUACUCCAAGCAGAAAGAUUAGAAUUCAUGAAAGGUGACACUAUGAUCCUGAGGUGCCACAGCUGGAGGAGCAAACCACUGCAAAAAGUCACAUACUACCACAACGACAUAGCCUUAAAGUAUGAUUUUCAGAGUUUCAACUAUAUUGUCUCUCAAGUGAAUCAUACUCACAGUGGAUCCUACUCCUGUAUAGGGGUCAUGGGGCAUGCUUCCCAUAUAUCUGCACCUGUGUUUAUCACUGUCAAAGUGCCAAAUACAGUGUCUGACCCAUAGCAGGCAUUCAAUAAAUGCCUGCUGAGUGAUCAAGCAAAUGACCCUGCCUUGCCAACUUCAAAGAAAAAGCAGAUCCAAACCAUCAGAUCGGAGAUACCUGAGCUUUCUUUCUACCUCCCUCAUCAUUCAAACCAUUCUUCUUACCUGACUCAGAGAAAAUGACCCAGCACCUCCUUUCCAAAAUUAACCCUGUCACCUGUGCUCUCAAUUGCUUCCCCUUGAGAUAUUACUCAUCAUUUCUCUUGUAUCUUUAAUGUCUCUUUCUAUCAAAUCUGUGGGUAUAUGAAAUGAUUUUAGUAUUUUAAUUAAUAAACAAAUAAAUUUCUAGGACAGUAACAAUUGAA